GCCCAGGGCAGCCGGUCACGUGAUCUUCAAAUGCAAGAUGGGGGGAAAAGAAGAUGGCGGAAUGUUGUGAGAUGUUCAGGGUAAAUCACCGUCCUCCCGCCGCCUCCCGGGUCCAUGGAACUCUAGAUUUUCCAGCCUUGCUGUCCGAGUGUGAGGUUGCGGCUACAUGGGUGCGAUCCUGAUCGCGCAAAGGGCCAGGUUUGGGACGGACGUGCAGUCGGGCGUUCAUACUACCGCAGGUGUGCUGACUCCCUGUGGAUGAUGUUGCGCAGCUGUUUCUGUGCCCCUCGGGAGAAGGUGGUGAUCAGGGUGCUGGAGUUCCAGCAUGCCAACCUGGAGCACGUCCCACCUGAGAUCUUCGAGUACACCAAGUCCCUGGAGGAGCUGUACCUGGACUCCAACCAGAUCAGAGACCUGCCCAGGCCCCUGUUCAUGUGCCAUGGGCUGCAGAAGCUUGGCCUGAGUGACAACGAACUGCUGAUGCUGCCUCCGGCAGUGGCCAGUCUGGUCAGUCUGGUGGAACUGGACAUCAGUAAGAAUGGCAUUCGAGAUCUUCCAGAAAGCAUCAAGGCUUGUAAGAACCUUACCUAUGUGGAGGCUAGUGUAAACCCACUGGGCAAACUCCCAGAUGGCUUCACCCAGCUGCUGAACCUGACAGAACUCUACCUGAACGACACCUUCAUGGACUACCUGCCAGGGAACUUCGGCAGACUCACCAGGCUGAAGGUGCUAGAGGUUAGGGAGAAUCACAUGAAGACACUUCCCAAAUCCAUCAGUCGACUGAUCCUGUUGGAGAGGCUGGACAUGGGGAACAAUGACUUCUCAGAACUGCCAGAGGUGGUGUGCCACAUGUCCAGCCUACAAGAACUAUGGGUAGACAGCAAUGCUAUUCACACUUUUCCACAGGCCAUAAGGUACCUACAGAGACUUAGCUUUCUGGAUGCUUCCAAAAACCAGUUAGAAGACCUCCCAGAGGAGGUGGAACACCUGACCAAGAUGACAGACCUUCAUCUCUCUACCAACCUCCUACAGGACCUGCCAGCUGGUAUAGGUGCAUUAACUCAAUUAGUGGUCCUGAAGGUCGACGACAACCAACUCCUGUCCCUGCCACACUCUAUCGGAGGGCUUGCUUCGCUGCAAGAACUUGACGUGUCUUACAACGAUUUAGAGCACCUACCACCAACUAUAGGACUGUUGCGGAGAUUACGAACUCUGAUCGCUGACGAGAACUGCCUCAUGGAACUGCCAGCUGAGCUGGGCAGCUGCAGCAGUAUGACCGUGCUGUCUGUCAGGAGUAACCAGCUGGAGAGACUGCCAGACGAGAUUGGCAGGAUUCCCAACCUCAAGGUCAUCAACGUCAGUGACAACAGGUUGGAGUUCCUCCCCUUUAACUUCACCAAGCUGAAGAAGCUGUGGGCUCUGUGGUUGGCAGAGAACCAGUCCAAACCGCUCAUCCCUCUCCAGUCAGAGUACAACGCCAGCGUCCAGGGGAGAGUUCUGACCUGCUACCUGCUACCGCAGCAACAAGGACAGGACGAUGACCUGUACAUGAGUGACAAGGACAGCUUCCAUCCGUCCCUGUGGGAGGAGGAACGGCAGCUCCGACAGACCAUCCAGUUUGACGUGGUUGAGUCACCUGACAGAGAACCAGUAGAGAGCAGCCUACGUCGUUGCCCCACCCCCCACAGUCGAGAGCUGCGCAGUAUGAAGUGUAAACUGUUGGUGGAGGACAGUGGGGUGGAAACUCCGCCCAGUGAGGUGGUCAGUACCAGCAGUAGCCAGGUCCAGUCAGAUGUCAGAAGGCCUUCAGAAGUGAGGGUCAAGGAAGCCAAGCUGUCCAAACCAAGAUCACCUCAGACCUCUCCUCUUCUGAGAGAGAGACAUCUCCUGUUCAAGGCUGAUAAGGAGAAGCAGCAGCGAGACAAAGCUCGGAUGCGGCGGCGCAGCGGCAGCAGCAGCAUGGGGAGCGAAGACGAAGUCAGUCCUUUGGGCAAGAGGACUGUUAGCGAUGCAGCCUUCCUGCCACAAAAUCUGAACGGCCCCCUGCAGUGUAAGGAGAAGCACGGGGAGACCGCUCCCGUCAGGUACCAGGAACGUGCAGUAGACGUGCCGGAUCACGUGCUCCGAACACAACAGGUAAUUUCAGCAACUCCCCAGUCCUCAGACUACCCCCCUGGCGAGUACUCACAAAUGGCGGGUAGAAUGUACGCGGUGCAGCGGGGAGAGAGGGUCAAGGAAAACCGGAAGAGCGCUCCCGUGGAGCAACUCCUGGAGGACUCGACUGCGGCGGGAAACCUGGAGGACGGGAAAAUUUUCUCCUCCACUCCUGACUUGUACAGACACUCUCCUCCCUCUCAGCCCACCACCGGGGCCGACCAGAACGUCAGCCAGCCGUCCCAGGCUCCAGCAGGGCAGCAGGAACAGUUCCCAACAACCACUGUGUCUGCAGGAGACAGGACAAUGCCCAGGAGCAUCUCACAGGGCAUCCAGACCCAGCAGUACGGCACUCUCCCCAUCAUGAGCAAGUCGGAGAGUACCAAAGACUUCACCUCGCACGAGUUUGUGUCGUCCACCCCUCCCUCCCAGCAGCUGCUGGUGACCACGGCGCCCAGUGUCUUACCGCAGCGGUCGCCCAUGCCCAAAGUCCGACCACAGCCCCCGCCCAGGUCCAUCCUCCUGAGCACCGAACAAGUCAGCAAGCUGCCCAACAGUCAGUCCAAGAGCGAAGAGCUCUCCAAGUCUGUUGGUGACUCAAGCGAGAACACGCCUCCCCCCGAUGUGAUUUUGUCGGACAGUGCGGUGACAAGGAGUGGGAAGGCUGGCACAAACCCUGCAGGUAAAAACACCAGCGUGAGCCGCCCACAAGACGACACCCCCCUCCCCACCAGUCUGUCCCAGGGGCAGCCAGGAGUCUCCACAGCAGCUCACACCCUGGAGAGGCUGUCUCAGCCUGUUAACAUCUCCGACACCCCCAUCACUCCUGGGAACUUCCAGUCCAUGACUCUACAGAGACCACGGCCCUCAGUCCCUCCUUCUUAUCAGCAAAGUCUUCGUUACUCCCAACUGGCCAAACUGGGCUUCCAACCAGGGAAGAGUGCAUUCCGUUUACAGCACAGUAAACUACAGGACGACACCAACCAGCCUCCCCCUCACAAGGACCCUGCAGUCAGCAGUUACAGUAAACAGCCACCACCACCCACCAGUCCACCCUCAUCUCCUAACAGAACAAUUGCAGGAGUGCAGCAUGAAACAGUGGCUGACAAAACAAGUACGACAACGCCAACCACAACGACUACUGGUGGCCAUCGCGUGGUGGUGAACUUGGAGCUGACACCAGACGGGAGGGGUUCAUCUCAGAUUCCCCCGGAGGAAACGCAGGUCACAAAAAAUGCAGCAGAGCCGGCGGUCAAGGAGCCUGAAGAGACAGACGACUGGAGACACACGCUACUGAAGCAGAUUGAAACUAGUAUCAUGCAGGCCAGAGAGGCUGGUUAUCCAGUAAACAGUUCUGAUGGUGAGUCGGAUAUAGAGAAACAGGGUAAGGAAGAAAGUAAAGAGGUCUACGCUAGUACAGAGGUACAGGAGGGAGUGGCUGAGGUUAAGGGUCAAGCUGCCACUCCUGAAAGUCUAGCUGAAGACAAUGUGGACUCGAAGGAAAAACAGAACUACGGUUAUGACGGGGAUACAGAAAGUAAUCACGACGAGCCGUCGGUGGAUCCGACAAACGUUGCGCCGCCCAGCCAGCCGGCGGAUCCAAAGUUUGCCACGACGUUCAAGCAGAGGUUAGCGUACUGGCAAACCACCACGACGGGACAGCCGCUCGAGGGGAAAGACGAGGAAAGAAAGGUCCAGCCUGGCUCCAUGCACAUCCCACCCACCUUUUCUACGUUCAAGAGGGUGAGCACCAGGCCGUUUUCGUACCUGGACACUGUAGAACACGAGGGGACGGACACGUACGCGGGAGGACAGGUGCCGCUGUGUGCCGCGGCCACUCUACCCAGACCAACUCCCACGUACACACAGAGUCAGGGGAACCUGGCACCACAGCCACGGCCCAGGCAGCAGCCCACGGCCAGUAGACCAGGUACAGGGAAGCGGCCCCCCACCCCCCCAACCAGGGUCAGUAGUGUCCUGACCUCCUCCGUCCAAAGUCUACCUGUCUCCUCUACAGCCACCUUACAGAAGAGCAGUCAGCCUCACCCAAAGUCAACAUCCAACAACUAUUUAACAGUGACCAUUGAGAAGAAACCAGGGUUAGGAUUCAGCAUCGCAGGAGGAAUUGGAUCAUGUGGCAAUCCUUACAACCCUGACGAUACUGGAAUUUUUGUAACCAAAAUCCUACCCGGAGGGCCGGCUGACGGCAAGUUGUCCCCAGGAGACAAGAUAUUACAGGUGGAGCAGUAUGACUUUACCCAGGUGGAGCAUGACCAGGCCGUGAUGCUGCUGAGAGCCAUGCCGAGAUCGGUCACCCUCGUCAUCGAGAGAAGAUAGGAUAGAGGUGCCACCUACAUGUAGCAGUCCAUGUGGAAAUUGCCAAACUUACAGUAGUGUGGAAUAUUCGUAGGACAAAUGCUGUGUGCCUGAGAAAAGUUUCAGGUACAGGUAUACUUGAAGCACAUGUCUGGAUCUGUCCCUCGACAAUUUUAAGGCCCAUUCUCAUUAUGGUAAAAUUGUUUGAUUGACCC